AUCUAGUUUAACGUAUUUUAUUGUCCUACAGUUAAAAAAAACUUCACAUCUUGUGAAAGUGUCAAACUCUUGGGAAGUAACUCGAAAGUGUUGGGAUGAGACCCCACCUGAAACUUUACGAUUUUUGUGGUCUAUAUAAGGACUUGUAGUUUAGAAUGAUUAGUGGAAGGAGGACAUUCGAUUUUUGAAUAUGGAGGGGUUGGACAGAGUGUGGGAUUCGGGGAAGAGAAUGAGUAAGAAUUUUAGUAGAAAUACGAGGAAUGCAAGUGUGGGAUCUUCGUGGGGAGUGGAAGAUGUGUUUGUGAGGAGUAGUACUCGAUCACAGAGACAGAGAAUUGAUGAUGACGAAGAAGCUCUUCGAUGGGCAGCUCUUGAGAAGUUGCCCACUUAUGAUAGGCUCAGAACUGCUAUCAUGCAGAGUGUUGUUGAGGAAGAUGAUGUAACGCUUCACAAGGAAGUGGAUGUUCGGAAGCUCGGUUUUACUGAAAGACAGAUGUUCAUUGAACGUCUGUUCAGAGUUGCAGAGGAAGAUAAUGAAAAGUUUCUAAGGAAGCUUAGAAAUCGUAUUGAUAGAGUUGGCAUCAAGCUUCCAACAGUAGAAGUUCGGUUUGAAAAUUUGACAGUGGAUGCAGAGUGUCAUGUAGGUGGCAGAGCUCUGCCUUCAUUAUGGAAUUCUGCCAGAAACUCCGUAGAAUCCUUUCUAGACAUCUUUGGCCUCUCACCCACCAUGAAAACAAACCUUACAAUUCUCAAGAAUGCAAGUGGAAUCCUCAAGCCAUCUCGGAUGACUCUGUUGUUGGGCCCCCCUGCGUCUGGAAAGACAACUGUGUUGCUAGCUUUGGCUGGGAAAUUAGACUCCAGCUUGAAGGUGAAGGGAGAAAUCACUUACAAUGGCCAUAGGCUGGAUGAGUUUGUCCCUCAGAAAACGUCUGCUUACAUAAGUCAGAAUGACUUACAUGUAGGAGAGAUGACAGUUAGAGAAACAAUAGAUUUCUCUGCUAGGUGCCAAGGCGUUGGGCAUAGAUUUGAGCUACUUUCAGAGCUUGCUAGAAGGGAGAAACAAGCUGGAAUCUUCCCAGAGGCUGAAGUUGACUUUUUCAUGAAAGCAACAGCAAUGGAAGGUGUUGAGAGCAGCCUUCAGACUGACUACACUCUCAAGCUUUUGGGUUUGGAUAUUUGUGGAGACACAAUUGUCGGCGACGACAUGAUGAGAGGAAUCUCUGGUGGACAAAAGAAGCGUGUUACAACAGGGGAGAUGAUUGUUGGACCUACAAAAACUCUUUUCAUGGAUGAAAUCUCUACAGGACUAGACAGUUCUACAACAUAUCAGAUUGUCAAAUGCCUGCAACAGUUUACCCAUCUAAUGGAUGCCACUAUUCUUAUGUCUCUGCUACAGCCUGCACCAGAGACAUUCGACCUCUUUGAUGAUAUUCUAUUCCUAUCAGAGGGCCAUAUUGUCUACCAUGGACCUCGAGAAAAUGUUCUGGAAUUUUUUGAAAGCUGUGGAUUCAGGUGCCCGGAGAGAAAGGGCACUGCAGAUUUCUUACAGGAGGUCACAUCAAAGAAGGACCAAGAACAAUACUGGGCAGACAGGAGUCGACCUUAUCACUAUGUAACUGUGAAGGAAUUUGUAUUUAGAUUUAAGCAAUUUCAUGCAGGUUUGAAGUUGGAAAACGAGUUGGCAGUCCCUUACGACAAGAACAAUAGUCAUAAAGCAGCAUUGGUCUUUAAUAAAAACUGUGUACCAAAAAAGGAGAUUUUCAAAGCCUGUUAUGACAAAGAAUGGCUUCUGUUCAAGCGGAAUUCCUUUGUUCACAUCUUCAAGAUUGUGGAGAUUAUGGUUAUAGCGUUCAUUGGAGCAACUGUAUUCUUUAGGACUGAAUUGCAUCAUAAAACUCGUGCUGAUGCAAAUAUGUACCUUGGAGCACUGUUUUUCUGUCUCGUCACCAACAUGUUCAAUGGAUUUGCAGAAUUAGCAAUGACAAUUGCCAGGCUUCCGGUGUUCUUCAAGCAGAGGGAUCUGUUCUUCUACCCUGCCUGGGCCUUCACUCUUCCUACCUUCUUAUUGAAAAUUCCAACGUCAUUGCUGGAAUCUGGAAUUUGGGUAGUGAUGACUUACUAUACUAUGGGGUUUGCCCCUGAAGCUAGCAGGUUUUUUCGACAGUUCCUUAUAAUCUUCCUAGUUCAUCAAAUGGCAUCAUCCCUGUUCCGCCUUAUAGCAGGAGUAUGCAGGACAAUGAUUAUAGCUAACACCGGAGGGUCUCUGUCUCUUCUUAUAAUAUUUAUGCUUGGAGGAUUCAUUCUCCCAAGAGAUAAAAUACCGAAAUGGUGGAUAUGGGGUUACUGGUGUUCACCUUUAAUGUAUGCAGAGAAUGCUAUCGCUGUUAACGAGAUGCUUGCUCCAAGAUGGAAAAUUAGCGCAGAAAAUACCACAAAUUUGGGUGUGGCAGCGAUGCAGAGCUUUAACAUCUACUCAAGAGGAUAUUGGUAUUGGCUAGGAGUUGCUGCUUUGGUGGGAUUUUCGGUGCUUUUCAAUGUGCUUUUCACCUUUGCUCUGGCAUAUCUAAAUCCUAUUGGUAAACCUCAAGCUGUAAUCUCCAAGGAAGCUUUAGCUGACAUGCAAUCCCAAGAGAAUGGUACAGAGCAAGGACUAAAAGUAUCGAGGUCGCGAAAUCGAUCUCUAGUACGGUCAUUGUCUUCUGCAGAUGGCAAUAAUACUCUUGAAAUGCAGGUCAGGCGAAUGAGCAGCCGAUCAAGUAGUCUGCAAAAUAAUGAAGAGUCGGUACUGGAAACUGCAACAGGAGUUAGUCCCAAACGAGGAAUGAUUCUACCAUUUCAACCACUAGCCAUGUCUUUUGAAGAUGUUAAAUACUUUGUUGACAUGCCUCCAGAAAUGAAAGAACAGGGAGUGACUGAGGAUAGGCUUCAGUUGCUUCGAGAUGUUACAGGGGCAUUUAGGCCUGGUGUUCUUACAGCAUUGAUGGGAGUCAGUGGCGCUGGCAAGACAACUCUCAUGGAUGUCUUAGCUGGAAGAAAAACAGGAGGAUAUAUUGAGGGGGAUAUUCGAAUUUCUGGAUUUCCCAAAAAGCAAGAAACUUUUGCUCGCAUUUCUGGUUACUGCGAGCAAAAUGAUAUACAUUCUCCACAAGUUACUGUUCGGGAAUCAUUACUAUAUUCAGCAUUUCUCCGUCUUUCUAAAGACGUUGACAGAGAAACCAAAAUUGCAUUUGUUGACGAGGUCUUGGAGCUUGUAGAGUUGGAUAACUUAAGGGAUGCAUUGGUAGGCCUACCUGGUGUCACUGGAUUGUCAACAGAACAAAGAAAAAGGUUAACAAUUGCUGUAGAGCUUGUUGCAAAUCCCUCGAUAAUUUUCAUGGAUGAACCCACAUCGGGACUGGAUGCAAGAGCCGCUGCAAUAGUUAUGCGAACUGUCCGCAAUACUGUUGAUACUGGAAGGACUGUUGUCUGUACCAUCCAUCAGCCUAGCAUUGACAUCUUUGAAGCAUUUGAUGAGCUACUUUUGAUGAAAAGAGGAGGACAAAUCAUUUACUAUGGACCAUUAGGCCGCAACUCUCACAAGAUUGUUGAAUAUUUUGAGGCCAUUCCAGGAGUAACAAAGAUCAAGGAGAAAUAUAACCCUGCUACAUGGAUGCUAGAAGCCAGCUCUGUUUCUGCUGAAGUUCGUCUGGGCAUAGACUUUGCAGAGCACUACAGAAACUCAUCCCUCUAUAAGCGGAACAAAGCAUUAGUGAAAGAGCUUAGUACUCCACCCCCACAAGCAAAAGACCUUUACUUUCCAACCCAGUAUUCUCAGUCAUUCUUUGGACAAUUCAAGUCUUGUUUGUGGAAGCAAUGGUGGACUUACUGGCGUAGCCCUGACUAUAACAGCGUUAGAUACUUCUUCACACUUACCUGUGCUUUACUCUUUGGGACAAUCUUUUGGAAGGUUGGCACAAAAAGGACCACCAACACUGAUCUUUUAAUUGUUGCGGGUGCCUUAUAUGGAGCUGUAAUCUUCUUAGGAGUCAAUAACUGUUCAACAGUGCAGCCUGUAGUUGCAGUGGAGAGAACUGUGUUCUACAGAGAAAGGGCUGCAGGAAUGUACUCUGCAUUGCCCUAUGCUCUCGGUCAGGUAGUGAUUGAGCUCCCAUAUAUACUGGGCCAGACAGUUGUGUUCACUUUCAUUGUUUACGGUAUGGUCAGCUUCGAGUGGACAGUAAAGAAGUUUGCUUGGUUCUUCUUCAUAAACUACAUGACGUUUCUGUACUUCACCUAUUAUGGCAUGAUGGCAGUUGCAGUCACUCCAAACCAUCAAGUAGCCGCAAUUGUGGCUUCAGCAUUUUACUCCAUCUUCAAUCUUUUCUCAGGAUUCUUUAUUCCUAAAUCGAAAAUUCCAAAAUGGUGGAUCUGGUACUACUAUAUAUGCCCUGUUUCAUGGACUGUGUAUGGUCUAAUUGCCUCACAGUAUGGAGAUGUCACAGACGAUUUGCAAGUGAUUGGCGAAGGGAUCAAACCACUAAAUCAGUUUGUGGAGGAUUACUUUGGAUACAAGCAUGAUUUCUUAGGUGCAGUCGCUGCAGUGCUCGUUGGAUUUGCUGUGUUCUUUGCAUUUACUUUUGCAUACUGCAUCAGGGUAUUGAAUUUCCAGCAAAGGUAAAAGCAGAGGAGUUAAAACAAACAUAGAAUAUGGUCCUCUACCAUUUGGGUUAGACCAGCUGAAAUUUCGAAUUUCAGAUAAAGGAUUUAUUAUAAACCUGGCUCUGCUGAAUCCAUUGGAGUUGAGAAAGGCCUGCUGUAUAUUGUAAGUUUAGUCUAUAUAGCGUUACAAGUGAAUCUUUUUUGGGCAGCCUUGUAAGAUAUCGAAGUAGAUAAAUUUACCUCUGGCUAUGUGACAGGAGCGGCUUCCUCCACAAGUCUGUACCCCUGUUAUAUGCCGCCAUAUUCUGAAAUAUAAGAAAUUUUUGAA